AUGGAUGAACUUCAUAAGAAGUUGAGUGGUAAAGAUGUUUUGAUGGAACAAGUGCCAAAAGAUGAUGAUGAUGUUGACAAAAAGGGCAAGGGUCACAUGGAACCUGAGCCAAAAGGUGAUGAUAUUGUUGAAAAAAGUGACAAUGUUCACAUAGAACCCAAGCAAAAAGGUGAUGAUGUGGCUGAAAAAGUGGACAAGGGUCACAUGGCACCUGAGUUUUCACAUGUUCAUGAUGACUAUGUUCUUGAAUCUCCUUCAUUUGAUCUAGGAGUUUGCUCCUCACAGACACCUAAAAGCUCUGAUGAUACAUUUUUUGCCAGUAAAGAAGAAGAAACACCUGCACCACCAUCAUCUGGACUACCUGUGAAGAGAGCACAAAAGCCAUCGAAAACUCUGCAGUCACCUUUUGUUAAGGUCGAUCCACGUCAUGCUGCUACUGGAUCAAAAUCUAUCACUGUAAACGUCGUGUUCCAAAAUUAUUCCAAAGGAGUUGAUAGUACAGAUCUGAGUUCAUUUAAGAAUUGGUUUGACAGAGGAUACAAGCCCAAGAACAAGGUAAAGUUUAAAGAUGCAGAUAACGUGAUAAGUGCUCAGUUUGUAUGUGGCACUGUCGCUGUUCAUUAUAAAACUUGGUGGCAUGCAUUGAUCGAUUCUAAUUCAUCAUUGAACAGCACGCACUUGGAUGCAUGCUUUCAUUACAUAAGACAACUUGCCAAGUUUGGUGAAGGUGUGAAGAUGAAAGCUACCACUACAGACUGCAUAUUUGAUAUGUCAAUCAAGUCGACAUACUCCAAGUUUAUUCAAGACCCAAGCAUUGUUGAGAACAAGGAUGAGCUAAUCAAAACCAUCAAUGGUGAACGGUUAUCAUUUAAUACUGCAUGGAGAGAAGUUGAAUCUGUGUUGAUGCCCAUUAUGCCCACAAAUCAUGCUCAUUGGAUGUUAGGGCAGCUUGAUAUUACUAAUCAUAUUCUUUACAUAUAUAAUUCAAGCAACAAAUCAUACAAGGACAACAAGGUUCGCGAAGGGGUUUUAUCGCUUGUGAAGACUCUUACACACAUUUUAAAAUUUGUCGGGCUAUGGAAGGAAACUAGUGAUAGUAUUGGUGACAAAUCUGGGGAACUGCAUGUUAAUAUUGUCCGUGGUUUACCCCAACAACAAAAUGGGCAUGAUUGUGGGAUUUUUGUGAUAAAGUAUGCACAGUAUUUGUUGCACAAUGAUCUUGGCAAUAUGCCGAUAUCAUUUGAUGCUGGGAAUGCCAGACUUGAAAUUGCAGCGUUGCUGUUCAAAAACAAGCAACUGAAGCAGAUUGGAAAGGGAAGUUCAAAGUCAGAUGAAUGAACUCCUGUUGAUGGCAUUAUUUUCAUGAUGGAUUAGAUUGAUAGCUGUUCAAAAUUAGACAAACAGAUAUUUUUAUGAUGUAGUUGAUAGAUGUUAUCUUUGUAAUAUGUUUUGGAAUUGAAUUUGAAUUUGUUUUUGUUAAUUGGUACAAGGUGAAAG